GUUCUCUAACAAUCCCCACCACACGAGCACGCGCUCUUCUAUCCACGCUUAUAUAUGCCUCCCACAAUCCCAAGAAACUGAUCUUGAACUCAACCGUGCCUGCAGAAUCAAAGCAGCCGAGCAACGAAGUGGUGACAGAUUGUAGAUAGCAGAGAGGGCUGCCGCACGAUCGAUAAUGGCCACUCUCUCUUCUUGCAGCCGCCUGAGCGGCGGCGCCACCGCCUCUCACCGCCACCGCAGCCGGCCGGCGCGUGCCGCGGUUAUCACCUGCCGGAGAUUCUCGGCCGCUGUCCGCGCCGCCGCGGCCGCCUCUGCCACGGCGGCGCCACCGGCGACGGUUUCUGUGCCCCAGUCCAAGGAGUGCGCGCUUCCGACGUGGGCGGACUUCGAGCUGGGGAAGGCGCCGGUCUACUGGAAGACCACCAACGGCCUCCCUCCAUCCCCGGGAGAGGGCCUGAAGAUUUUCUACAACCCAGGACCAAACAAGCUGACACCCAACGAACAGUUCGGCAUCGCGUUUAACGGCGGGUUUAACCAGCCGAUCAUGUGCGGUGGCGAGCCGAGGCAGAUGACGCUUCAGGCGAGGGGAAAAGCCGAUCCCCCCAUGUACACCAUCAGAAUACGUGUGCCGCAACAUGCCACGACCCUGGUUUUCUCCUUCACAAACGGCAAGGACUGGGAUGGCGACUACACGCUCAAGUUUAGGGUCCCCAAACCCUGGCUCAACAAGCCCUUGAGCUUCUUCAAUGAUGGGCUGGCGGACGAGCUCAACAUGGAGGGCGCCUGCGACAGAGCCAUCUUCCCGGAUGAGAACAUCGUCAUCACCAGCUGCGACAUCGGCGGCUUCUACGAAGAGGGGGGAGACCGAUGCAAACUGGACAUUGUGAGCGGGUGCAUGGACCCAACCUCCAACAUGUUUGAUCCACUCGCCACCGUCGACGAUGGCUCCUGCCCGCUGGAGUCUGAUUCCGAGGAGUGACCAGAGCAGAGGUCUUCAGCGUUUUACUUAGACAUGAGCCUAGGGCGCAGUCUCUGGCGAUUACUUGGCCAAAGAGAUAUCUUCUUUUGCCGAAACGAAAUUUGUGAUAUACUUCCACCGUUACACGAGAUUUAGUACUGUACAUGUCAGUUGAUAUAGCUACUUCUCAGGGCAACGCAAUGGAGCUUGCUAUUAUACAUAACAUAAUAUAGAAGUUUCUGUGAAAUAGAACUGAACUUGUUAUU